AGAGGUGGGGCUAGGGGAGAAGUGUAUGUUUGCCUGUUGGUUGGGAGCCAGGCGGCUACAUGCGACACUGGAGUAGUUCAUACAGAAGACUCGCACCUCACAUCCCAUUCAGAGAGUUACAGCUGCAUCAAGGUGUUGUGCACACCCUCUUAAGCCAGCCCCACCCACCUCUUUGCAUUUUUAAAGAGUGUAAUCUGGAGGACAUAAAACAAUAUAGAGUUCUGACCCAAGCUGACGGGACAGAGGGUUGAGGGAAUCUCCUAGCAGAGAGCAUCAUGGGAGGAGCCGUGGUAGACGAUGAGCCUAGUGAUGUGAAGGCGCCAGACGGAGGGUGGGGCUGGGCUGUGCUGGCCGGAGGGUUUGUCAUCACUGGGUUCUCCUAUGCCUUCCCCAAGGCUGUCAGUGUGUUUUUCAAGGAAUUGAUCAGGGAGUUCGGAGUGGGAUAUAGCGACUGUGCAUGGAUUUCUUCUAUACUGUUGGCCAUGCUCUAUGGCACAGGUCCACUGUGCAGUGUGUUGGUGAACAAGUUUGGGUGUCGGCCAGUGAUGAUGGUGGGAGGGCUCUUUGCCUCCUUGGGAAUGAUUCUGGCGUCCUUGGCCACCAGUAUCAUACAUAUUUACCUCUGUACUGGAGUUAUAACUGGUCUGGGCCUGGCACUGAACUUCCAGCCAUCUCUGAUCAUGCUGAAUCGUUACUUUAGUGAGAAGAGGCCUCUAGCUAACGGACUGUCUGCUGCCGGGAGCCCUGUGGCCCUCUGCUGCCUCUCACCUCUGGGACAGGUACUGCAGUACCACUACGGUUGGAGAGGCGGCUUCCUCAUCCUGGGAGGUCUGCUGCUCAACUGCUGCGCAUGUGGGGCCCUGAUGAGGCCCCUGGUGGGCCCCAAGAAGCCCCAGGACCAGGAGUUACAGGCUGUAGACCAAACAGAAAAAAAGCCCAAACCUCCAAAGAAGCUCCUGGACUUUAGCGUAUUUAAAGACCGAGGUUUCCUCAUCUAUGCCAUAGCUGCGUCCAUCAUGGUACUGGGUCUGUUUGUGCCCCCUGUGUUUGUGGUGAGCUAUGCCAAGGAGAUGGGGAAUGAAGACACCAAGUCUGCCCUCCUCCUCACCAUCCUAGGGUUUGUUGAUAUCUUCGCCCGGCCCACGUGUGGGCUGAUCGCGGGGAUGAAGUGGGUCCGUCCUAGAUGUGUGUAUCUGUUCAGCUUCGCCAUACUCUUUAAUGGCAUCACCGACGUGGUCAGCUCACAGGCGACAGACUAUCCUGGUCUGGUGGUGUUCUGUAUCUUCUUUGGCCUCUCUUACGGGAUGGUAGGUGCGCUGCAGUUCGAGGUUCUCAUGGCCAUCGUGGGCACCAAGAAGUUCUCCAGCGCUUUAGGGCUGGUGUUGCUCAUGGAGGCAAUCGCUGUGCUGGUGGGACCGCCUGGAGCAGGUCGUCUGCUGGACACCACCCAUAACUACAUGCAUGUGUUCCUGCUUGCUGGCUGUGAGGUCAUUCUGGCCUCCAUUGUCAUCUGCCUGGGCAACUUCCUGUGCAUCAAGAAGAAGCCAGACGAGCCCGAAGCACAUCUAGAGAAUGGAGCCCCCGCAGAGAUGGAGAAGCUCAACAGCCUGCCAGAGGGAGGGAAGACUGAGAGCGAGCAGCCGGACGGGGUGAGGGCAGGCUCGGGAAAGGCGAUGGAGGGAGCAGAGAAGAGUGGAGGGGUGGGGAACCCAGAGACGGCUCUGUGAUAGAGGGGAGAUUGCUAAUGAAUUAUGAAGAGAGUGACUGAUGAGCCCGAUGAAGUACCAAUAGGGAAGACAUGAGUACAUACUCUGACGGAGGGAGGGAUGGAUUGCGGUGCGCUGUACGUGUUUGGUGUACUUUUAAUAUGCACAGUGUUACAUAGUGUUGUUUUUACAGUAACAUAUAUAUAGUGUUGAUAUAGGAGUUAAAUUAACUCUGUAGGUGUUACAUUAACACUGAGUGGUGUAAUAGAACCCCAAGUUGGUGUUAAUAACCAGCUUUGACUCCAAUCAUUAUCAUAUUUCCCAGCAUGGUAAAUUGCAUGUUUGUUUUUUAAAAUCUUUGUUUUAUGUUUUUGCAGAUGAAUUAAUCUUGUUCUACUCAAAUAUAACGUACCUUUUUCUAAACUAAUCCAAUAUGUUACCUGGACUUAUUGCACCUGUUACUGAAAUGGUUGUUCCAGUUUAGAUACUUUUGGUAGUCUCCUACAGUAUGUUAGUAUUCCCAAUCCUGGCAAUCAUUCUGAAUAAAAAAUAAAACAUUCCAAAUGUUGGAUAUCCCACUCUGGCUGGAUUCCAUUAGGAAUUACACAUCACUUUGCAAGCCAGCAUAAAUUUACUUGCAGGCCAAACCGUGAGUUUCAGGCCACUCACAGGAUACAUCAAAAUAAGGCUUUAUGAAAUAUGUAUUGUCAUAAAGAAUUCAAUUUUAAUGAUAACAUUUGCUUAGGAUCUUAGUUGGUGAAGGCCACAAGACUGAAAAUGAACAAAUGCAACAACCAUGUCUCUGUCAUUAACAAAUACAGUCAUGGGUGGUAACUCCACAAUUUACUUGAAAGACAACCUGGGAAAUUUGAAAAUAAGGCUUUACACUAAGCGGUUUGUUAAUUUAACACUGGAAAGUGUGGACCCAUAUAGACACUGGAAGAGUGGUAGAUUUAACACUGGAGAAUUAGCUGUGUACAGACCAGCACCCAUACCAGAAAGAACACUAAAUGUUUUCUGGAAUCGCACUGCCACACACACUUUCAGGAACCAAAGAGCAUGUGCACACACACCCAUUCAACCUUGAACUAACCAAUACUUGUCACUGCCUGACUCAUCAGUUGUUGAUACAGAAAAUAAUAACGAACAACUUCAUUUCCAGGACAUUUCCACAGUGAUGGUAUUUGUUUAUGGAGACACUCCACAGUGAGGAGAGAUGAAAGAAACAAUGGAAUUCUUCUUUCCUCCUGGGUGACAGUGGCCUCCAGUGACGUGAGAUCUUGAAGUGACUUCCUUCCUCCUGGGUGACAGUGGCUUCCAGUGACUUGAGAUCUUGAAGUGACUUCUUUCCUCCUGGGUGACAGUGGCUUCCAGUGACUUGAGAUCUUGAAGUGACUUCCUUCCUCCUGGGUGACAGUGGCCUCCAGUGACUUGAGAUCUUGAAGUGACUUCUUUCCUCCUGGGUGACAGUGGCUUCCAGUGACUUGAGAUCUUGAAGUGACUUCCUUCCUCCUGGGUGACAGUGGCUUCCAGUGACUUGAGAUCUUGAAGUGACUUCUUUCCUCCUGGGUGACAGUGGCUUCCAGUGACAUGAGAUCUUGAAGUGACUUCUUUCCUCCUGGGUGACAGUGGCUUCCAGUGACUUGAGAUCUUGAAGUGACUUCUUUCCUCCUGGGUGACAGUGGCUUCCAGUGACUUGAGAUCUUGAAGUGACUUCUUUCCUCCUGGGUGACAGUGGCUUCCAGUGACUUGAGAUCUUGAAGUGACUUCCUUCCUCCUGGGUGACAGUGGCCUCCAGUGACUUGAGAUCUUGAAGUGACUUCUUUCCUCCUGGGUGACAGUGACCUCCAGUGACUUGAGAUCUUGAAGUGACUUCUUUCCUCCUGGGUGACAGUGGCUUCCAGUGACUUGAGAUCUUGAAGUGACUUCUUUCCUCCUGGGUGACAGUGGCCUCCAGUGACUUGAGAUCUUGAAGUGACUUCUUUCCUCCUGGGUGACAGUGGCUUCCAGUGACUUGAGAUCUUGAAGUGACUUCUUUCCUCCUGGGUGACAGUGGCCUCCAGUGACUUGAGAUCUUGAAGUGAUUUCUUUUCAAAGACAAGAAACAUCUCUGUACGAGAAGAGUUUUAUUUUAAUUUUAUUUUUUUAAGACCUCGAGCCGGUUUCCCAAACCCAGAUUCAGCUUAGUCCUGGACUGAGAAGCAUGCUCAAUGGAAAUUCUUAAUUAAAAGUGUUUUUUUAGUUCAGGACUAGGUGUGAUCUGUGUUCGAGAAAGUAGCCACAAAAGUAUUAUUUCAACUACCCAUGUUGUGGCAGGUUGCAGGCAACAUGGGUUAUUGUAUGAUUGAUGGUGUGACAUAUACUAUUUUAUUAAAGGUCCAAUGCAACAGUUUUUAAAAAUCUCAAUGGCAAAUCAUUUCUGGGUAAUAAUUUAAGUACCUUACUGUGAUUGUUUUCCAUUAAAAUGGUCAAAUAAAAUAAAGCUUUCUUAGCAAAGAGCAAUUUCUCAAGCAAGAAUAUUGGUCUGAGUGUGGAAGGGAAAACUAUCAGUUAUUGGCAAAGAGGUUUGGAACUCUGUUUCUUAUUGGUCUAUUGAUGUCACCAGGCAGGACAAAACUCCAUCCCACCAAAACUGGCUUCAAGUUCAGGCAGUCUUUUCAAACAGCUCUUACACUUAAAGGGCAUUUUCACAAUUUCACAGUAUUAUUCCAACCUCGUGUCAAAAUAAAAACAGAAAUCCCGUUUUUGACUGCACUAGGUCUUUAUGGUGAAAUUUUAUGAGAGCAUCUCUCUGUUGAAAUCAUUAUCCGUUUCUUUCAAUAAAAAAGUCA